AUGAAUGAUCUCUUACUGGCAGAGUAUUCUGAUUUCGAGAUCAAUGAGGCGUUAUUUCAGAUGGAGCCACACACUGCUCUAAGGCCGGAUGGAAUGCCCUCAAUAUUUUUUCAAAAGUUCUGGCCAAUUGUUGGCAAUGAUGUAAUCUGUGCAGUCAAGUCCUUUCUCUCAUCUAGGCGUAUUCUGAAGGAGCUCAAUUAUACUCACGUCUCUUUAAUUUCAAAGUUAGCUAAAGUUCAGAACAUUACGCAGCUUAGAUUGAUUGCGUUGUGUAAUGUUCUAUAUAAAAUGGGUGCCAAGGUGCUAGUGAACCACUUAAAGAGUAUACUGGAUCAAAUUAUUUCCAAGCAGCAGGGUGCCUUUUUUCCUGGUAGAAUGAUUUCCAAUAACUUUGUUAUUGCUUCCGAGCCUGGAUUUGCUGCAAGUUGGGUUGAAACUGUUAAAAAUUGUGUAUCCCCUAUCUCAUACUUUUUCCUGGUUAAUGGUAAGAUUACAGGUUACAUGUCCCCUCACUUGUGGUCUCUGUUCGGGCAACGUACCAAUUUGCAAAAGAGUGCUGUGUCUUUUAGCCCCAAUGUUUACCGAGCCAUUCAAGAUCAGCUUGUUGCCUAUUUGGGGGUGCCUCGGGUGGAUGUCCAUGACAAGUAUUUGGGGCUUCAGAUUGUUAUUGGUCAUAGUCAUUCUGCAAGAUAA